GCCAGCAAAUUCUUCCAAGUUCCUAUAUAUACACGAAACAUUAAGCAAAUUUCAAGUUUCUCGGUCUAUUCACUUGUUACAAUUUUUUUUCUCAUUUUUGGUGUUAUAUAAUCAAACAUUUUGAACUGCCCGCAUGGCUAGCUUCCUUGCAGCCCCUGCUUGUCCCUUGGCCACCCUCCCCUCCACCCCUAGAGUCAGUGUCCCUGCUCGCCAGCAAAAGAGCUUCUCCUUCAAUGGUGGUCCUUUGUUUUUUGGGCUAAGACAUGUCCCAAAAAUCCAAUUCUCAAAGGCAGCUAACAUUUCUUCCACAAGGUCUACAUGUUUCAGGACUACCAUUUCAUGCUCUGCCAAACCUGAGACCCUGGAAAUCGUCCAGAGCACCAUUGCUAAGCAAUUGUCUAUUGAGGCAAGCACAGUGGCUCCAGAAACCAAGUUUGCUGACUUGGGUGCUGACUCCCUUGACACGGUGGAGAUAAUGAUGGCUUUGGAAGAACAAUUUGGGGUGUCAAUUGGAGAAGGGGGAGCUGAGAAUAUUGCCACUGUUCAAGAUGCUGCAGAUCUCAUUGAGAAAGUGCUGGCAUCAUCUGCUUAGAUCAGAAUGAUGGCAGAAUACAUGGAGGACAGAAAUCCUCUGGUUUUGAUUAAUUCAUAAGUGCCACUUGAGAAAUCCUGCUGAAUUAUUCGGCAGGUGGCUUUUUUUUUUUUUUCUUUUGGUUUUGAGUUGCACUUGACUAUAAUGAUUUAUUUUUUCUGUUCUGCAAGAAAAAAGAGAAUCUAAUGCAGGCUUGGAUGAUCUGAGUUUCAUCCACACCUCGUUUGUAUCUUUUUGAUAAAUAAGAAAAGUUAGCAUCUCAUUUCAGACUAAAUUCUAUGGGUCC